AUUAUUGUUGUGAAUGUUUUGUGUUUUUUUUCGUAAUUAAGUAAAUAUUAAACAAAUGCAAUUGAUUUCGUUAAUCUAUAGAAAUUUUAACAUUGCUUGAGGAAUUCUUGAUAAUUUCGUGUAUAUAAAUGAGUUUAUUUUAUCAAUAAUGUUAUAGACCUAUGAAGGGAGAUAACGAUUUGACCUGUGUAAUUUAUCAUCUAUAAAAAUGAACAGCGACCACCAAACAAUAAUAUCAGCCACCAAUAGUAAUAAUAAUGAUGAGGCAUUUUUUAUAUUUUUUAAUGGAUCACGGGUUACGAUUGCUUGGAAUAAUGAGACACCACCAUUUUCACCUAUACUGAGAUUGUGUUCCUUAAGCCCCACACUUUUCUUAUUGCUGAAUCAAGACAAAUGUCUGUAUGAAGCAAAGUUUGACCAUGAAAAUUUAGUCAUACAAAUGAAAUGUAUACAACGAAACGUAAUUGAUGUACAAUAUUGUCGUGUUGCGAAAGAAGUGUUUUUGGUGUUGGAGGAGGGAUCGGUUGUGAAACAGCAUAUUCUGGAUUAUGCAAAACCUUUGGAAGAUCAUCUCUGGUUACCUGUGAUAUUUGAUCCACUAGAAUUGUCUGAAGAUGGUGUACGCAUAAAACGUAUCUGCAGUUCUUCGGAGGCAACAGUUUUUCUUUCGAAUAUGUGCGAUAUUUAUGCUCUUGGCAAUUGUGGUGUUCACUUCUCUGUGGAAUGUGAACAACCUAAACUUUUGCGUUUAUUCAAGAAUGGCUUGGACAUCCUUGAUAUAGCCGCAGGUGAACAUUUCUUUGUUUUUCUUACAAGAAAACAGUGGGAAAAUGAAGCAAAUCAACCAUCAAUUGUUCAGGAUUUUGGCGAACUACCCGAUCUUUUACGGUCAGAACAGUGUAAUAAAAACACUUCAUCUUCAAUGCAUUCCUCUACUAUUUCUACCUGUAAUAGAUCCAAUGAAGGUCUUGAUUUGGAAACUAGUAUACAAAAUCUACUACAACAAGGCUACUCCCUAAUGCAUACACAAAUCUUUAGCAUGGGCUCCACCAAUAAAGGUUUACUUGGCACCGGUGAUCAUAUAAAAAGAGAAUCUUUGUAUAACGUGCAAAAAUUAAAAGAAGUGGGAGUUUGCAGUUUAGCUACCGGCAACAAUCACACAGUAGUGCGUACUGUUGAUGGCCGCCUCUAUCAUUGGGGUUUUAAUGAUCAGAAACAAUUAACAAAUAACGAACAAAUCUACGAAAUUAGUAGCCCUACUGAGUUAAGUUUUGAUUCCUCCGAUUUGGAUGUGCCGCGUGAUCAUAUAUUGGAGGCAUGCUGUGGAGAUUAUCGUACCGUUUUAUUGAAUACCCAGGGUGAGAUCUAUGAAAAGAAUAAACAAAGUUAUAGUCAGGAGAAAGAUUUCCUAACUCUGCAAAUGAAUGACAUCAGCCAACAAUCAUAUCCCCUGCUUUUAGCCAGCGAUCAGCUGACUCUUUAUAAUCGUCGUUACUUUAAACGCCAAUACCACACUUUGCACCACCACAUACAGAAUCAAUUGAAACUAAUGAUGAAUUUUCGUAAGAAAUUUGUGCAACUGAACCUAUUAGUGGAAAAAGUUCUAAAAGAUCUGCAUCAGGUGUGUCUUCAUUGGGAAAAUGUUUUAUAUUUAGUCAUAACUAUACUAAAUUCAUUGGAGCAGUUCUAUCGCGGUGAUUAUGAUCAGUCAACGGGCCUAGUGGUCAUUAAGUAUUAUCGUGAAUGUAUACAAAUAUUUGAGAUGUAUUCGAAAUCCUACUGUGAUACAUAUUCCAUAGAUGGGUUUAAUGAAGCCUAUCAACUGUUUAAUCACUCUUAUCCGCCCUCUACGUCUGCUGGUUACAAAAAUCAAGAUCUUGUAAAGAUGUUCCAACAACCUUUCCUGAUAUUCCCAUAUGUUAUACAAUUGUUGGAGCACAUUCAGAAACACGAGAACAUUUGCCGGGAAGAGCUUCUGGCUUGGAAUGAAUUUUCUCGACGCAAUCGCAUAGAUUUAGAGUUGGCGGAAAACACGCGCGAUUUUUGGCGCAAUAACUUAAAAAAUACCAAAGUCUUACAUUUUAAAACAAAGGAGAGAAGAGUCAUUCUAAGCUCCACCGCAGUACCUAUUAAGCUUUCAAAUCUUAUUGGGCUAAGUCCCAUUUUUAUAUUAUUCUCAGAUUUUUUAUGCCAACAUGGUAAUCAUAUAACUGCGUUACCUCUAAACGCCAUGUGGCUAAAAAAAGAAGAGAAUGGCAUACGGAUUAUAACUCCCGAAAAGAAUUUCGUGUUGAUCUCAAAAAAUAAACACGACAAAGAGUUGUGGUAUGAUCAAAUAGAGAGCACCAUCAAAACAGUACUUAUGGUAGGUGAAAAAUCGAAAAUUCCCGAAGUUCGCAUGAUUGACUACAACUAUGCGUCUAAUCAUUCGAUUUACGGAAGUGUCUAUGUCAAGGGAAACUUUUCCAAUGGGGUUAUGCAUGGCAAAUGCCGCUUGGAAUAUGCAAAUGGUAAAAUGUACUCAGGUGAUGUUAUACACGGGGUAAUUGAAGGGUAUGGUAGAAUGUUUUUACCGAAAGUUGGCCUAUACAAGGGCAAUUUUAAAAAUGGUAAAUUCUGGGGUCACGGUACCUUGAUCAUAAACGAAAAAGAGCUGUACGAGGGUAAUUUUCGCAAUGGACUCUUCAAUGGACAUGGUCAUAUGCAGCACAAUGAUUACGUUUAUAUUGGUGAAUUUGUGGACAAUCAUAAGUGUGGCUAUGGUGUACUAGAUCGCACUGUUAUAGGAGAAAAAUAUUUGGGCUUAUUUGCGGAUAAUAAACGUGUGGGCAGUGGUGUGUGUAUCACUUCAACAGGAAAUUACUUUGAAGGUUCCUUUGCCAACGAUGAAUUGACUGGAAGAUGUAUUGCGAUAUUUCCAAAUGGUUUUUAUUAUGAAGGCGAAUCUACAUUAAAUGGUCCCAGUGGUUUGGGAAAAUAUUUUAUGCCCAUUGGAGACAAUAAACUGGAUGGAGAUAACGUUGAUAUCUCAUCAAACUCAGAGAUGAUGGGCAACAUAUUAAGCGGUCAAUUGACUGGGUCCUGGGAGAAUGUGCGUAUAAAUGCUGGAACCAUGGAAAUCAAUCGUAAAUUUACUAAAUACCCAAGCUCUUUUAGUUCUCAUAUUAUUGAUAACUCUCGAAAAUGGUGUUCUCUUUUCUGUGAUUUCGAAAAUGAAUUAUUUGGUGAUUUAGCAAAUGCUGUACCCAAUACGAAACCUUUAACAUUUGCCUUAUGGAAUCGGGUAAUCGCUUUCAUAAGCAAACAACAAGAACUUGAAAAUGAAAAACUAAUACCCCGCGAACUAGAUAUAACCAAUGUCUCGACCGCAAAUGCUACCAGCAACAACAAUAACAAUAAAAAAAGUUUUCUACCAUUGCAAAACAUGGCGAGGGAUUUCGACAAGUUGAGUCUGAAUUCGUCAUUGUUAAAUUUCGAAAAACUUGAAUUUAGUCGCAACCACUCACAUUCCGAAGACACAUUAAAUGGUUUGGAUUUCUCCAGUUUUGAUCUGCUUAGUACAUUCAGUAAAUUCACAAAUCUAACCACAGAUGAAAGUGGCGGUAGUCAUACUUAUUCUACAUUAAUGGAUGUUAUGGAAAAUUGUAAUAAUAUAACAUUGGAUUCAUUCAACGAUAGUGCUAUUAGUAGCUGUGUCCCAAUUGACGAUUGUGUUUCGAUACAAACAGAAAUGGAUUUAAUACCACAAUUUGGCAUGUGUGAUUUAAACGAUCAAGAGUUAGCUGCCAUUAAAGAGUACCUGCGUGAUGCUUUUCGUUAUCAUUAUCAUCCCUUUAAGCACUUAAAUGAACGCAUAACUCAUUGUUUCUAUCGUUCUUAUGGUUGUUGGAAAAUCAAACCAACUUCAUUGUUAGCCCAACAGGCCAUGCGUGAAUGGGAAUCUAUUUCCCAGAGGGUUUAUAAAUUUAUUCGACGUCUAUUUCCGGCAUUGCCGGAAGAAUAUUCUGUUAUAGGAGAAAAUCGUGAAGUCGUCUCGCACAUUACUUUGCUCUAUCCUAUUUUACUAUCGGAGGGUAUUUAUUCAACACUUUUUGUGCUGUACGCCAGCAAAUACAGUCAUAAGGAUGAAAUUUAUCGACAAAAUCUUUUGCAAGCGGAAAAAUUAAAUGAUAAUGAUUUAAUGCAGUUUUUAGAAUUCGAUAGUAACAUCCUGUUGGUGGUAAAUACCGACAUAUUUUUGGAAGCCAUUAAAAUGCUGAAAGAACUCAAAGAAAAGUAUACGCCAAUGGCAAUGUUGACUGUUAUAGAGAACUGUAUGGAGAAAAUAACACAUGCAUAUCAAACUGUAUCCAGUGAAACUAAAAUCAGUUUAAAUGCUGAUAUAAUAAUGCCUUUAUCCUUAAUAUUGUUGCUGCGUGCAGCUAUACCACACCUCGGUGCUGAGCUUGCUUUAUUGGAUGACUUAACCGAUUGUAAAAAUUUUCAAUUUGAAAUGAACGGUAUUCGGGGUUACUGUUACACCACCUUAAAAGCUUCAUAUGAACACAUUGCUACCAAAACACUAUUCGAAAAGAAAUAAAAAAGAUUUUGCUCAAUUUGUAAGUUUUUUAGAUAAUGAUCAAGUGUAAAGUGUAGAAAGAAACAAAGUAUUUCUAAAUAUUUAUGUAUGUAUAACUCUAUCUCUAAGUAAUAAAAAAAAAGUAUGUAAUUAUUAAUAUCGUACUUCUAAUUUAUAAUAAAAAUCUGUAUUACAGUUGAUGUUGUUAUUAAAAAAAAUCAAA